GUCUUCAGUUAUCACUCAAACAAGAACACGGGCUAACAUAAACACCUUAGACACUUUUUCCUACUGAUCUUUUAUCUAAUUUCACUAAAUCGGGGAAAAUGCGUCUCGAAAAGCACACUGCUGUCGUUGCGUUUCACUCUCAGCUGUCCGCCAUUUUGGAGAAGUUGAUGGUUUUAGCUGUGGAGGAGAUAAAGGAACUGGUGUUUGAUUUUUGCGAAGAGAUUAGCCAAGAGAAAACUCAAAACAAGGAUCUGUACGAAAGGACGAGAGAGGACCAAGGGGAGAGUGUCUAUCACUCUUCUGACUCCUUCUAUAUAGAGACACAGGAUGAUCACAAUGAACCUCAAGACCAGAUGAGCCCAACAAACAGCAGAGAAGAUGCAAAGGAGAAACUGUUCCCAAACACAUUUUCCAACCAUGACCCGGAAAACAUGCCAACCAACUGCAAGUUUGAACAGGUUGCUACGGUUUCCAAAAAUCCUUCUACCAUUGAACAAAAGGAAGACUGUAGUCACGAGGAGUCCAGGCAGUCAAACUUUGAGCCUCCAGAGGACAACAAAAAACAUCUUAUUGAUUAUAACUCGCCAGACGAGUCCCAGUGUACAACAUAUGAUGAAGAUAUUUCCACAAAUCAAGACCACAGUCGUGAUGUUGAGUUUCAUAUCAAACAAGAGGAAGAAACUCCAGGCUUUGAGACAGGAAAUUGCACAAGAUUUCAGAUGCAGACAGGUCAGAUGGUAACAGAAGCACAGCCUACUGCCCAGGAUUUCCUUUUGGUCAAUCAAGCCUCUUAUGACCCACCAUAUAAUGUGGCAUUUGCUUCUUUGGACAUACCAAGGCCUGCGCACACAUUCCCUUAUGUCCAUAAAAACUGGAACAAACCAAGCAAUGGCAACACUCAGACUUUACCUCAAAUCAGCAAAGUGUUCAAGUGUGAGUACUGCAACAAGAUGUAUCGCUUUCCAAGUCUAUUGAAGGCACACUAUAUGAAACACACACAGGAUAAGCAACUGGCCUGUCGAUAUUGUGGCAAGCUUUUUAAAUGGGAAUACAGUCUGCGGCGCCAUGAGAGGUCGUAUUGUGGUAAAUAUUAGAGCGAUAAACCUCACGUGACUAUAGUAAGACUAGUUUUUUUUAUCUUGUCUUAUCUGAAAAUACUCAAGCAUGCAUGACAAUAACCAUGUUUGGAUAGCUGUGUAACGCUCAUAAAAGGUCAUGAAACUGUAAGAAUUACCAUGUACUCUGAACAGCUUCAGGAAUGACUUUGAGACCACUUGCCUUAGCCCCAUACUCCACAUGCAAAUAAUUCUAAGCACUGCACUUUGGAAAUCUCCCACAGCAAAAUACAGGGGUGGACAAUGUGCUGCAAAAAUUCAUACUACAAUUUUCUCAGAGCCUAUAUUGCUAUUUGUUUUCUUUUGUUUGCACUAAACUGUCAUUGGUUAAAUGUAUCUGUCACUCACUCAGAGCUGUGGGGUGUCUGUGUUUGAGCUUAGAGCUGCAUAAAUCAAAGACAAAUUGAAUCUCAGUAAUAGGAUAUGACCAAAAUAACAUUGUCACAUGGAUCAGAUCAUAGUUCGAUCUUCAUCAUCAUGUCCACCAGCCCUCACUCUCAAUCAUUUUAUGCUUAAAUUGUAUUUCUGGAGGACGCAACGUUAACUUCGUGUCCAAUAUAUCCCUGACACUAAAGUCAGUGGUCACAAUGUUGUUCCUGAUUCAUAGAUAGGCACAAUCCACGUUUGAAGUUUGUUUCCAUUUCAUUUUUACAAUUUGUAUGUUUAUAUUCUAUAAUUUUAUAAAUUCAAAACCAGAGAAUGUUACUGCAAAAUAAAUGUUCAAAAUAUGGAUUUUUAUUUUUUUUCUUGUUAUUCUUUCAUAUAUUGUAAGGGAGCCUACCAAAACGGCUCUGAUCAAAUAAGAGUUUUCUUUGGGAACACUUUUUAAAAUGCACACAAAACAAAGGUCUGACAAAUUAAUGAGACAUCUCAGCUACAUGGCCGAAACCAAUUGGCAGAGAUUUUUAUCAUGAAAAAAACCUGGUUGCUUUCUCAGCUAUAAAUCGCAUUGUGUCUGAUUUAGUCAGAGAGGUCAUUCACAUCAAACUGUCAAGCAACUUAUGUAGCUUCACAACCAAAUACUAUUGAAUUAGAUUAAAGUGUGUUGUGUGAUUGUUUCUGUAUAUUUUGUUGUUGUUAUUAAUGUAAAUGUGAUCCUCUGUUUAUAUGGAAUACAAAUCUGCGGUUGUAAUAGCUUUAUUUAAAUUAAAUAUAAGUUAUCAAUUUUC